AUGAAGCUCUCAACAGAUCUUUGUCUUUUGAGCCUCUUUGUGUUUCUCAUUUUCACAUCCACAAAUGCUGGGGAACUCGAUAACACAAGUUUUUAUCAUGAUUACUAUGUUACUUGGGGACAGGAUCACCUCUUACUACUAAACCAAGAAACUGAAAUUCAGCUUUCUCUCGACCAAAAUUCAGGGGCUGGAUUUGAGUCCAAGCUGCAUUAUGGAUCCGGAUCCUUUCAUAUGAGGAUAAAACUACCUGAUAAGAACUCCAUUGGAGUUGUUACUGCUUUCUAUCUAUAUUCACGUUCAACAGAUCGUGAUGAGCUCGACUUUGAGUUCUUGGGUAGUAAUGGACCACCUUAUACAUUACAGACCAAUGUGUAUGUCAAUGGCCAAGGAGGUCGAGAACAACGGAUUCAACUUUGGUUCUAUGUGGAUGACAUACCAAUCAGAGUGUUUAAGAACAACACAAAAAUUGGAGUGGGUUACCCAUCCCAGCCAAUGCAGGUAGAAGGAAGCCUAUGGAAUGGAGAGGGCUGGGCAUCUAAUGGAAGAAAAACUGAUUGGAGUCAAGCGCCCUUUAAAGCCUACUUUCAGAGAUUCAACGUUGAUGGCUGCGUGCUACAAACAGUCGACACUAUGCAAUGUUAUUCUUCAACCUUCUGGUGGAACAGUGAGAAACUUCAGACUCUGGACGUGCAGGAGCAAAGAGACUAUGAACGUGUGAGGAAGCAGUACAUGAAUUAUGAUUAUUGUUCUGAUAGGUCAAGGUACCCUCAAACACCACCGGAAUGCCAAAGUAACCAACAUUAGAUUAUAUCUUAUCACAUCUUUCUUCUGUUUCUCUCCACAUUUUGAUCUUCUUUGGGCAUUUAGGAGGAAAUAUGUCCAAUCUAUCUCAUGUUAAAAUGCUUUCAGUGCAAAAUAUUU